AUCAGAGCAGGAUCGGCCAUGUUUUGGGUACAUACACACCAGACAGUUAAAGGUUAAAAACAGCCAUGGAUCCUCAUUCUAGUGCCCAGGAUGUACCCCGAUGUGACCUUUGUGAGACGGCCAUAACACAUAGCUACUGUGACCUUUGUCAUGUCAACCUUUGUAAGCCCUGUGUAGUAGAUCACAUCUCAGGUGGUUAUGAAAAACAUAAAAUAGUCCCUUUCCAGGAACGAAGAUCAACCCUCUUUUAUCCGAAAUGCGAAACGCAUUCACACAAAAAAUGCAAAUUUCAAUGCGAAGAUUGCAAUAACAUUUUUGUUUGUUCUUCUUGCAUAGCAUCUGAGCAACAUGCGAGGCAUAAAUUUGUAGAAAUUACAGAAGUGUACAAGACAAAAAAAGAAGUCAUUAAAAAGGAUACAGACGAGUUAGAAAAUCAUAUUUCCCCUGCAUAUGACGAAAUUGCACUGCACUUGGAAAAUGAACUUGCUAACCUGGAUGGAGGAUAUGAGAAACUUACAAUCACAAUGUCCAAAGAAGGAGAGCAAUGGCACAGAGAAAUCGACAUCAUCAUAAACAGAAUGAAAACUGAAAUCAAAGAGAUAAAAGGAAAACACAGAGAUAUUCUGAAGAAACACUUGGAUGAAAUCAAACAGACACAGGCUCUCAUGAAACAAGUGUUACUUGUCUUAAAAGAAAUUGAAAAAUCUACUGAAGUAGCUCCUACCGUUAAAUACAGCUUUAAGAUCAGAGAGUUCAGCAAGCCUCCACCUAAGGUACAGAUAUCUCUGCCAACAUUCAUUCCAAAACCAAUAGACCACGAGAAACUGUAUAGGUUGUUUGGACAAAUCACCCCAUUAGCUACUGCUACAGGAGAAAGUGUCCUGUCACUAAACCAACCAAAUACUUCGGUCAGAGAACUACUGGGUGAGCCAGAGCUUGUUACCACAAUACAGACCGGGUAUAAACGUCUACGCAGUGUUACCUGUCUGAGUGAUGGCAGGAUAUGGACGAAUGGAAUGACCAAUGAUAUCAAAUGCUUCAUUGCAGGUUUCCUCCUUGAGACAAUCAAAACAAAAUCAGCGGAGCGCCCCGGUGAUAUAGCUGUAGACAGCGAUGGAGAUCUACUUUACUCUGACAGGACAACAGGAACAGUGAAUAAAGUAAAGAAUGGACAGACAGAAGAGUUGAUCACAUUACAGGGAUGGGCGCCUGGUAAUCUGUGUGUCACCUCUAUUGGUGACCUCCUAGUUACCAUGAUGACCGUCAAUGAUGAAGAAACUCGAUCCAUAGUUGUUCGAUACUCGGGAUCUAAAGAAAGACAAACAAUUCUGUUUGAUGAUGAAGGUAAUCCUCUGUACUCAGGUAAUACGAAAAUUAAAUACAUCACAGAGAACAGAAACCAUGACAUCUGUGUAGCUGACUUUGAGGCUGGUGCAGUAGUGGUGGUUAACAAGGACGGCAAACUCAAAUGGCGAUACACCGGCCAUCCCUCAGUAACCGAGAAGGAACCAUUUAAACCCCGUGGUAUCACAGCAGACAGUCAGAGUCGGAUCCUGACAGCAGAUAGAAACAACCAUUGUAUCCACAUUCUGGAUCAGAAUGGACAGUUUCUCCGUUACAUUGAUAACUGUGAUCUAAAUGAUCCUUUUGGUUUAUGUGUGGACAAUGAUGACAAUCUUUUUGUGUGUGAGUUUUCCAAGGGCAAUGUAAAGAAAAUCAAAUAUUUGAAGUAG